AUGCUGCGCUCCUUCGCUGUGUGCCCCGCCACCGUCACCGCUCAGAAUGCUGCCGUGCUGCCCAUAAUGCUGUCGUCCAAGCUGCUGCCGGAGAUGGAGGUGGACGGGCGAGCAAGAGAGGACGCGCUCAGGGCGCCGCUGGCAGCGCUGCCCGUGGCGCAGCAGCUGGAGAUGCUGCAGCUGCAGGUGGGCGCGUGCAGGUGGGGGCCUGCAGUGGAGGGGCGAGGCGCACGGGUGGGUGCAGAGCCACGGGUGGAGGAAGGUGCAGGUGGGGUGGGCGGUGGUGGCAUGGCCAUCGAGCUGUGUGUGUGCUUGGCGGCCACACAGCACCUCCCUCUCCUCUCCCCCUCACGCCCCGACUCUUCCCUCCCUCCUCCACGGCAGGCGGGUGUGCAUGGCGUCACAUGCAGGCGGGUGUGCAUGGCGUCACAUGCAGGCGGGUGUGCAUGGCGUCACAUGCAGGCGGGUGUGCAUGGCGUCACGUGCAGGCGGGUGUGCAUGGCGUCACAUGCAGGCGGGUGUGCAUGGCGUCACAUGCAGGCGGGUGUGCAUGGCGUCACAUGCAGGCGGGUGUGCAUGGCGUCACAUGCAGGCGGGUGUGCAUGGCGUCACAUGCAGAUCUCAACCACUGCAGCCCCGCCAUGCCCAUGGAAGACUCGCUGCUCUCCCUCUUCACACCCUUUCCUCUCCCUUCCCUUCCCUCUCCCACGGCCCGCCACUCUCUCCCUGCCCGCCACUCUCUCCCUGCCCGCCACUCUCUCCCUGCCCGCCACUCUCUCCCUGCCAUACCCUCUCUCCCUGCCAUUCCCUCUCUCCCUGCCAUACCCUCUCUCCCUGCCAUACCCUCUCUCCCUGCCAUCCGCUCUCUCGCUGACCCUCGCUGCUCGUCCCCUCACCGGGCAGGCGAAGAUGGUGGACGUGGCGUGUGAGCGCGCGGAGAAGGUCAUUCUCGAUGCGCGCAAGGCGCACGGCAUCGGCGCGCGCCAGGCGGCGGCCAGCGUGGCAGCGCUGUACGGCGCAGGCAGCACGGACAAGGCUGCUCUCGCCCGCGUCGCCGACCAGGAGAAGCUUCUCAGAAAUGCACUGGCCACCGGCGAGGGGUUCCGAGUGGCCCCCCAGCCGGCCACUGCUGGGCCUGCUCCUCCCGCCCACCGCACGCACCCAAGCCAGGCGGCACCAGCAGCAGCGUCCCUGCCACCACAUAUGCGGCCGCGCAAGAGGAAGCACCCACAUGACGCCACCACCACUGCUGCACCCGCACCUGCUGCUGCCACCGCUGCUGCCACCGCUGCUGCCACCACCGCCACUGCCACUGCCGCGCACACUGACGUGCCUGCCUCAUCACCCGCCCCGCCUGCCUGUACGUUGCCAACUCUCUCCCUUCGCCCCCAUCCCCUCUCUCUCCCCUGCCCCCGUCCCCUCCCUCCCUUGCCCCCUCCCUCUCCCCUGCCCCCAUCCGCUUUCUCCCCUUCCCCCGUCCCCUCUCUCCCCUGCCCCCGUCUCCUCUCUCCCCUGCCCCCGUCCCCUCUCUUCCCUGUCCCUGUCCCCUUUCUCCCCUGCCCCCGUCCCUUCUCUCCCCCACCCCCCCAUCCCCCGUCUCCACUGCCCUCAUCCGCCCUAUCUGCCGCCGUGCAUUGUGUCCCUACUCAUCCUUCGCUUUCUAUCCCACUCAUUCCCUUCCACACUACCCUUCUUCCUCUCCAUUCCCUCCCACUGCCGCCCUCGCCCCAUGCAGCGGCACCCCUUCCUCUGCCGCCCACCGCAUCUGCCGCUCCCUCCCUUACCGCAUCGUACCCGCUCUCCUCCGCUGCUGCUCGCCCCUCCCCGCCGACCGCCCCUCUUGCCCCCUCGCCCGCGCCCACACCUGCUGCUGCUGCCGCUGCUGCUGCCAGUGCAGCGGGUGGGGCGGCACCGCGGCCGCCCGGGGCAGCAGCGGGGUCGGCAUCUCUGCCUGUGCGCCCCGCCACGGCUCCGCUCACCACCCCCUUGCCCUCCCUCUCCACCGCCGCUCCCAUCGGCAUCGCACGCCCGUCUGCUGCAGCCAAUCCCAUGCUGACAGCUGGCGGCGGGGGCAGCACAGGAGGGGGAUCGGGAGCGCCGACAAUGCUGCUGGGGAUGCCGAGUGGCAUGCGCACGUUUGAGGGGCUGGGAGGGGCGCUGCUGGGCGUGCCGGGGGGCUGGCAUGGCACCAUGCCCGCCUCCACAGGCGCAGCCUCUGGAGGAGGAGCGGUGCCGCUCGGCCGAAUGCCGCCCUCAGGCUCGGGUCUGGUUCGGCCGAACGUACCCAUGGGGGGGUCUGGCCAAGCUGCAGGUGCAGGGUUGCCAAGUACAGGCAGUACAACAGGAGGAGGUGGUGGGGUGGGUGUGCCUGGCGCAGCAGCGGGGUCUGGUGGGGCUGCAGCAGGGGGCAUGGGGGACUUUGGUGGUGCUGGCGCCCCUUCCCACGCAGGGCCAGCAGCGAUGGGCGGGGCAGAGGUGGCAGGGGGGGGUGGAGGAGGAGCGCUAUCGGCACUGGGCGCCACCAUGGGUGCAGCAGGGCCCAUAGCAGCGCCGCAGAUGAGAGGAGCCUACGCUGCACCGUCCCCGGGCAACCUUGGGCAGGUGGCAUCUGCUCAGAUGCACCUGGCCACGAGCCCCCCCCAGUACGGCCUGCAGGCCGGCACGGGCGGGUUCUCAGCCCCGUCACCCCCCGUGUUCCAGGCUCCGUCGCCCGCCCUGUCGUACAACGCUCCCUCGCCACAGCUCAUGCACGCCUCCCACCCGCACUCGCCCAUGCUCCCCCUGCAGCACCAGCAGCAGCUGCAGCAGCAACAGGCAGCCUCGCCCAUGGUCCCCGGUGGUGGGGGAGGACCGGGGCACGGGGGCCCGCAGCUUCUGCAGCAGCCGAUGGCAUCGCUGAGUCAGCAGAGGCAGAUGCAGCGACUGCACCUGCAGAGGCAGAGGCAGCAGCAGCAGCAGCAACAACAACAGCAGCAACAGCAACAGCAGCAACAGCAGCAGCAUCAGCAACAGCAUUUCAACUAG